CUUCUCCUCCUCCCGAUCCUGCACGCUCGGGCUCCGGCUCUGGCGCCGGCUCCGGCUCCUCCCGGCCGCCCGGGGCCAGGAGACGUGAGGUUGUAAAAAUCCAUGUGGGACGGCCCCGGGGCGAGCAUCGGAAAGAUCUCUGUUUGGAUGCAUUUUCCAGUACAGAUUAUGAAAAGAAUGCGGUGAAAAUUCUGGCCAACGGUGGAAACAUUGGCUUAAUCUCCAACUCAAUAUAGCAUUCCUUCUCUUCUGUAGCACCUCAUAAGAAAGGAAAAAUGUAUGGAAGUGCAAGAACAAUCACCAAUCUGGAAGGUAGCCCUUCCAGAUCACCUCGUUUGCCACGGUCUCCUCGUCUGGGCCACCGAAGAACAAGUAGUGGGGGAGGUGGAGGAACAGGCAAGACUCUGUCCAUGGAGAAUAUCCAGUCCCUUAAUGCAGCCUAUGCUACAUCUGGACCCAUGUAUCUGAGUGAUCAUGAGGGGGUGGCUUCAACAACUUACCCAAAGGGCACUAUGACUCUGGGAAGGGCCACAAAUCGAGCUGUAUAUGGAGGCCGAGUCACAGCUAUGGGGAGUAGUCCCAAUAUUGCCUCUGCUGGACUUUCCCACACAGAUGUCCUUUCAUACACGGAUCAGCAUGGCGGUCUGACCAGCUCAUCCCAUCAUCACCACCACCAGGUCCCCUCCAUGUUGAGGCAGGUAAGAGAUAGCACCAUGUUAGAUCUUCAGGCCCAGCUCAAGGAACUUCAGAGAGAGAAUGACCUCCUACGAAAAGAGCUCGACAUCAAGGAUAGCAAGUUGGGAUCUUCCAUGAACAGUAUCAAGACCUUCUGGAGUCCUGAGCUCAAGAAGGAGAGAGUCUUGAGGAAAGAAGAGGCAGCUCGGAUGUCUGUCCUCAAGGAGCAGAUGAGGGUUUCCCAUGAAGAAAAUCAGCACCUUCAGUUGACAAUCCAGGCCCUUCAAGAUGAGCUGCGAACCCAGAGAGACCUCAACCACCUCCUGCAGCAAGAGAGUGGCAACCGAGGAGCAGAGCACUUCACCAUUGAACUGACGGAGGAGAACUUCCGGCGGCUCCAAGCUGAGCAUGACAGACAGGCUAAGGAGCUGUUCCUGUUGAGGAAGACCUUGGAGGAAAUGGAGCUGAGAAUUGAAACACAGAAACAGACCCUCAAUGCCCGAGACGAGUCAAUUAAAAAGCUUCUUGAGAUGUUGCAGAGUAAAGGUUUGCCGUCCAAAAGUCUUGAGGAUGACAAUGAACGGACGCGUCGGAUGGCAGAGGCUGAGUCUCAAGUCAGCCACUUGGAAGUGAUUUUAGACCAGAAAGAGAAGGAAAACAUACAUCUUAGAGAGGAAUUACACCGAAGAAGCCAACUUCAGCCGGAGCCAGCCAAGACGAAGGCUCUCCAGACUGUCAUUGAAAUGAAGGACACAAAAAUCGCUUCAUUGGAGCGAAACAUAAGGGAUCUUGAGGAUGAGAUCCAGAUGUUAAAAGCCAAUGGUGUGUUGAACACUGAGGACCGUGAAGAAGAGAUAAAACAAAUAGAGGUUUACAAAAGUCACUCCAAGUUCAUGAAAACCAAGAUUGAUCAGUUGAAGCAGGAGCUUUCAAAGAAAGAGUCAGAACUUCUUGCCUUACAAACAAAGCUUGAAACUCUUAGCAAUCAGAAUUCAGAUUGCAAGCAACACAUUGAAGUGCUUAAAGAGUCACUUACUGCCAAAGAACAGAGAGCUGCCAUUCUUCAGACUGAGGUAGAUGCACUGAGAUUACGGCUAGAAGAGAAAGAAUCUUUUCUCAAUAAAAAAACGAAACAGCUGCAGGACCUCACAGAAGAGAAGGGGACACUGGCUGGAGAGAUUCGAGACAUGAAGGAUAUGUUAGAAGUGAAGGAAAGGAAAAUCAAUGUUCUUCAGAAAAAGAUUGAAAACUUACAAGAACAGCUUAGGGAUAAAGACAAGCAACUGACCAAUCUGAAAGACAGAGUGAAGUCCUUGCAGACUGAUUCCAGUAACACAGACACUGCACUGGCGACGCUCGAGGAGGCUUUGUCAGAGAAGGAAAGAAUAAUUGAGCGUUUGAAAGAACAAAGGGAGAGAGAUGAUCGGGAAAGACUAGAAGAGAUAGAAUCAUUCCGAAAAGAAAACAAAGACCUGAAAGAGAAGGUCAAUGCUUUACAAGCUGAACUGACGGAAAAAGAGUCUAGUUUAAUUGACCUCAAGGAACAUGCAUCUUCAUUAGCCUCAGCAGGGCUGAAAAGGGACUCCAAAUUAAAAUCUCUAGAAAUAGCCAUUGAACAAAAGAAAGAAGAAUGUAGCAAAUUGGAAGCACAGUUAAAAAAGCAAGCUGAGCAGUUGUUCAAUCAGAUGUACAACCCAGCUCAUAAUAUUGAAGAUGACUCCAGGAUGAACCCAGAAUUUGCAGACCGGAUAAAACAGCUUGACAAAGAGGCGUCUUACUACCGUGAUGAGUGUGGCAAGGCCCAAGCAGAAGUUGACCGGUUGCUGGAGAUCCUCAAGGAGGUGGAGAAUGAAAAGAAUGACAAGGACAAGAAAAUUGCAGAACUUGAGAGCUUGACUCUCAGGCAUAUGAAGGAUCAGAACAAGAAGGUGGCUAACCUGAAGCACAAUCAACAGUUGGAAAAAAAGAAGAACGCCCAGUUACUGGAAGAAGUCCGCAGGCGAGAGGAUAGCAUGGCUGACAACUCUCAGCAUUUGCAGAUAGAAGAGCUGAUGAAUGCACUGGAGAAGACCAGACAGGAGCUGGAUGCCACCAAGGCUCGCCUUGCCUCCACGCAGCAGUCCCUGGCUGAGAAAGAAGCGCACCUGGCCAACCUCCGGACAGAGAGGAGGAAGCAGCUGGAGGAGAUCCUAGAGAUGAAACAGGAAGCACUUCUUGCAGCAAUCAGUGAAAAAGAUGCGAACAUUGCCUUGCUGGAACUGUCUGCCUCCAAGAAGAAAAAGACACAAGAAGAAGUCAUGGCCCUCAAGCGGGAAAAAGAUCGACUAGUGCAUCAGUUAAAGCAGCAGACCCAAAACAGAAUGAAGCUGAUGGCGGACAACUACGAUGAGGACCACCACCAUUACCACCACCACCAUCACCACCACCACCACCGGUCCCCUGGGAGGUCGCAGCAUUCCAAUCACAGGCCCUCUCCUGACCAGGAUGACGAGGAGGGCAUAUGGGCAUAGCCGGGCCCGUAAACCAAAGUUCCAGUUUUGUUUUGAGGGCUAUCAGAAGGGCUGACUAAAGGGCAAGCGCAGCUCUGCAGCAAUAUUCUGAUAAUCUAUUGCAGUGCAGCUCACAUCGCUGUUCACCACCACCUGGAGCGCUCACGGAGACUGAAGAGGAGCUUCACCUUCGUUACUGAGCACGGUUCUGUUCGACUCAGUGUUUCCUUCAUCACCUCCUGUCCUUUCCCAUGGAUUCAGACACGCUGGAGAGGAGGAUGUGGAGGACGGGGAGACAGUGGCAGGUCCUCCAUUUUUUGGUCGGGAUACGGGCAUUUAAAAUGUGUUCAUCUCUUCUGAAUGUCAUUAUUUGAUAACAUUUUACUUCUGUUACUUAAACUUCACGGGAUGAAUCUGAACUCCAUGGGAUCGUAACUGUGGAUUCCGCUUCUGUUGGACAACUAGCUUCAUCUUCCGUCUCUCUGCUGGUUCAGUCUAAGUGGUCAUCUCUAAUGCAUUAGAUUAUCAAAAAAUGUGAAUUCUGUGAGUGAGUGAGUGAGUGGUGCUGGUAGUGUUUGUAUACCGAGAUGCAUGGAGUGUUUGACAGAGAAACCAAAGCACCAAAAAUGGUGAGCCUUUACCCUCCUCUGUUUCUUUAAUCUGCGGUUUGAAGAACCACAUUUCGAUGGUGGAACCAGUCGUUACCUCUGGGCCAGGUUGGAAAUGAAAUCAAUUCUUUAAACCACUAAUACUUGCCAAGAAAUCGCCUUAUGAGAACAUGGUGUGUGUCUCUGACAAUGCAUGGCACAUCUAAAUCGAUCGUUCAUAGUUCUCUUGACCCUGUGUUUGUGCUGGGGAGUGGCUGCAGCCUGAGGCGCCUGCAUAUUUCUAUCCCAUGUGUGUCUCACGUCCCGCACAGUGGGGCCGCAGCCAAGCCUCAGACUCUCGCCAUUCCCGUACAUCCGGGUCUCCACGAAGAAGCUGGGAUUCAUUCAUACUCAAAAUCCAAACGCUGUCCAAACAGCGAGUGUACGCUUAGAUCUUCUGUAAAUGAAAGGUCAUUUCUCAUUUUUCUUUUUGAAAAGAAGUCUCCAACAUGGAUUCCAAAACAUUUUCAGCAUCACACAUGAAAACACUGAUGAAUGAGGAAUAAUCACAAAAGCUGUGUAUCUGUAUAUAGCUCUACACAACAUGUUUGUGGUACAGAGUCAUUAUUUAAAGCACAUGCCAGGGAGAGAGACCACAUUUUCAGGUCUUUUACAUACAGUGACAUGGUCCCGAGGAUAAUUAAACUCCUCCUGCUUCCUCUCAGAUUAAAAAAAAAAAAAGAAAUAAAGUUGUUGUAACUUCAUGAAACUCGUGACCGAGUCUGGAAAACAUGUGCAACUCUUGUAUUGAUCCAUUUCCUUGUCAAUGAAAGAAACCCUUCCACGUGUAUGCAAGUGGGGGAUGAAAAUCUGCAUUUCUAAAGGACAAACAGUGAAUUUAAGCAUGAGUGGCCUUAAUAAAUAUAGUCGUCUUUCUUUGCUACUGUGGAAAGGAUUCUAAGCAGAUGUUCCUGAAGUCUUGCAUUGAAUUUAGUUGUUAUUAUUACUUCUUAAAAUGUUGGUGCAAUUAACUCUGGACCUCUCUCGUGAGCCAUAGAGAGAUUUAAAAGUCAGACACCUUAUUUAUCUAUCUGAGAAGACGAAGCUGUGUCUGGGUUGCGCUGUUCAUCCUUGGUGCAUUAAGAGUAGUAUAUUUAAGCAGGUUUCUCGCUUCUGGCUUUGUUCUUGUCCUAAGUAUUGCGAAUUGUGUAAAGCUUUCAUGUUGCGCAAGCAAUCCAAAUACAUCCAUGUUUAAUAAGUUUGUCCUUUAACUAUCAAGGCAAUCUAGUUCUUGACUGGAGAAACGAGCAGAGUUCUUCGCAAAAGUUAUUUCGCACACUUUGACAUAAUGUCUCCCUGAAAACCCAGGCCUCCUCCAACUCAUGGCUGUGAACAGUUUGAGCAUCCUUAAACAGGCAGCCUCACUGCCUCCUACAGCCAGAUCCUGAUCUGAACUCUGCCACUGAAUACUUGAAGUAGGAAAGCCACUAGGCAGUGAGCGUCCUAGAAGCAGAGAAAGCAACCAACCAUGAAUAGUUAGCGAUUUCCCAGUGUGUGCCAAUUCUGUCCCAGCUGUUGUUUUGAGGGCUCAUUUUUGCCCCACUUUUGUUUGCCUAAAGUAUUACUGAUGUUCCUUUUAUGGAACAAUUAUCAUUUAGUCCCUUAAAAAUUAAAUGAUGUCUAAUAUAGCAUCUUUCCAUUAUGCAUCACGUAAUAUUCUCUGAUGUUGAGGGGCUACCAAAAAAUUCCCUUUUCACGUAUUAAAAAUAGUUUGUGUUUACAGCAAGCAACUGUGCUGUUGGGAAGACGUUUCCUUUGCACAGACUUUAGCAGGUUUCCCCCUUGAUCAUAAUCAAGCUGAGAAAGUUGAGGCUGACGUUUAGGAGAAGUUGGUCUUCUUGCUUUGUGCAAAAGCAAGCUUGUACUUUAUACCCCUUUUGAUUUCAAUGUACAGUCUCGAUUUUGUACUUAAUGAUUUUUGUGUAUCCAGUAUGCACGUUAACAGCGUGUCAACUUUCAUUUAAAAGUGGGUUUCCAUUUACUUUUUAAACAGUGUUCAUGACGAGACCUCAAAUGUGUUGACAUAAGCUCUAUCUGAGAUGUUUUUGUGUUGAGUGGCGUUUGAAUGCUGCCAGGGGUCAGUGUAUCUAAUUCCCAGAGACCCUCGUUUGAUAGUGCUUCUUGUAAUAUUUCUCCAAGUGAGUGGCAUGUGGGUUGUGAUAUUGACCAUGUGAUUAUGGACUUCGAUAUGAAAAAAAUAAAUAAAACUAAGGAACCCUCAGAAACUACCAGUGGGCAUGUAGUAGCCAGUCAUUGUAACCUCGUGUCUAGUAGAAGUACAACGUACAAGGUAUGUACAGUUCAUAACUUUGUUAUCAUGUGUAUGAGAAGUACUUUGUGCUGAUCGCCUUAUUUAUAUUCAUCAAAUAAACUUUGUUUCUUUCUGAAGCGGGUUCAUUCCAUCUCGA